CCACUGGGUGUGCCAUCUCGGUUGCGGCGGGGAAACGGAGCCGGGCACCACGCCGACCAGCUCUCUGGCGGACCAGCGGAAGUGCAACGCGACGUCGCUCUUUGUGGGAGUGGAAGUCAGUCCGGAGGAAGUGCUGGAGUCUUUCGAGAUGACGUUCGUGGCAGAGAAGUGGGGGUCGGAGGAAACAUGCGGUAUCAGCUACCUGAACGCCGACAAGUGCGAAGCCAAGACAUCGUUCGAGUUGGUGCUACAGUGCGAGGAGGAAGGCAAGGAGUACAUUGUCGAGUUGGAUUAUUUCACGCUGCGAGGCGGGGCCGGCUGGAAGCCGGGAGAUGCGUGGCACGACAUACCGGGACAGGUUUUUAACCAAACGCUGCAAAUCUGGGAUCCUGCGCUGCUCCCUGGGGCCACUAUCACCGCUGGUGAGCUCCACACGGUCUCGAUCCGGCUAAUGCCCGAUCCGCGCCAGCUGACCGCCCUCCCGGGGCACGGAAUGCCUUUCCACGAUACCGACCGAGCAGGUCUGCCGAAGAUCCUCCACGCUUCGCACACCAGCAGCAGCAGCACUGCAACCGCCGAGCCGUCUGCCAGCUCGGCCGGUCCGGUCGAGAAGCCUUUGUGCACGGGCUGUGGUCCCCGGCCGCAGGAGAGUCACUUCCCCUGCAGUGGUGCAGUAAGUGAAACAGUCCCUGGGUGGUGCACUAAGUGCAACAGUGAAAACGGGCGACUGGGCGCGUCCUGCCGGUUGGAAAAAAGCACCAACGAGAUAAAUCAGUACGACCCGCCCGAGUGCCAAAGGCUGAACCAUGUGGCCCAGAUCCGCGACUGGUUUCGGCCAAGCUACCUCAGCCACGCGGACGACUACCACACUUAUCUUGAGCAAAAGCCUUCCCAUGACCCCUUGGUCAAGUCGGUAAAUCUGCAACACAAAUCUCCGCGAGGGCGUGUUGGGAGUUGUGCAUGACAAGAUUCCAUCUGCAGUGUAGUGGUAGUUACAGUUAGCAAGGGAAGCCGCACGAGAAAGCCAGUUGCUCAUCCUGUUUACAGAAUUACAAAGGCCAAAACUCGAUUGAAAAUGCCCCUCAUGGAGAUGAAAUGUUCCUGUCAUUGCGCAACAUUUGCAUGACAGGAGACGUUUUUACACAGGAUAACAUUUGCGUGCUGAUUCCCUUCUUGGACCAGCUUCCGCAGCCGGCGAAUGAGGCGGGGGCUGAGCAGCC